AUGGCGUCUCGCAAGUUCGUUGACUUGUUUUGGGAACGAGAACUCAAUGAAGGACUCUUAAUGAGGUUGCAGAUGACAUCGCUGUCCGUGAAUUCAGUGGUUGCAGAUGCUGAGGACAAGCAAUUUACAAAUCCUGCUGUGAAAGUGUGGCUUGAUGAGCUGAAAGAAGCUGUCUAUGAUGCAGAGGACAUCUUGGACGAGAUUGCUACCGAAGAUUUGGUACGGAAGCAAGAUGCUGUCGAUGAUGCAGGUGACAUCUCGGAAGAGAAUGCUACUGAAGACUUGCUAAUGCUACGGAAGCUGGAGGCUGAACUUGGAGCCAUUGCAAGUAAGGUACGUAAUCCCAUCUCUACCAGUUUUGUCGACAAAGUAGAAGGAGAGAUAGAAAGGCUACUUGACAGAUUGAAUAUUUUGGUAAAAGUAAAGGAAAAUAUAGGUCUAAGAGAAGUUAAUGAAGGGAAUUCAUUAGAAAGAUUGCCCACAACUUCUGUCAUCGAUGAAUCUCGUACUUUUGGUAGGCAUGAUGAUAAGGAUGCAAUAAUUAACUUGUUGCUCUCAAAUGGUGCAAGUAGCGAUGAGAUGGGUGUGAUUGCCAUAGUCGGCAUGGGGGGGAUUGGCAAAACCACCCUUGCUCAGUUUGUUUUCAAUGAAGAACGUGUGAAAAAGCAUUUUGACCUUAAAGCAUGGGUUUGUGUUUCAGAUGAUUUUGAUGUCUUGAAGCUAACAAAAACAAUUCUAGAGGAAUUGGGUUCGUCUGCUAAUGAUGAUAGUAAGAAUUUAAACCAGCUUCAAAAUAAACUUGAGGAGAAGAUGACAAGAAAGAAAUUCCUACUUGUUCUAGACGAUGUUUGGGAGAAGCAUUAUGCCAAAUGGGAGGUCUUAAGUAAUGCUCUUAAAUUUAGAGCACAAGGAAGUAAAGUCAUUACUUUGAAUGUAUCAUAUUGUUGUCAUCUUGCUGCAUUGCCAAGAGAUACACAAAAACUUAUUAAUUUGCGUCAUCUUGAUAUUACUAAAACUUGGCAAAUGGAGGAGAUGCCAAGACAUCUUGGUAGAAUAAAAAAUCUUCGGACGUUAACUGAAUUUUCCGUCGGCAAAGAUAGUGGAUGUGGCACUGGAGAGUUAAAGAAACUUAAUCUUCUGAGAGGAUCACUUUCUAUUAAGAACCUCCAAAAUGUUACGGAUGCCAAGGACUUAAACAUCCGGAUGCCAAGGCAGUUUCCGGACUGGGUAGGACAUCCUUCAUUCUCCAAUAUAACAUCUCUUCGUCUAUCAAACUGUUUGGAAUGUUGCAGUUUGCCGCCGCUUGGGCAACUGCCUUCUCUUGAGAAAUUGGAGUUACAAUGCUGUCAAGAAGUUGAGUCAUUUACUGAAGGGGGAUUGGCUUCCAAUCUAAAUGAAAUUUUCAUUGCCUUUUGUGAUAAACUCUUUGCGAACCGAAUGGGGUGGGGUCUGCAAAAACUCCAGUGUCUUAGAAGAGUCACGAUUAAGGACGAAGCUAACGAUGUGGAGUCCUUUCCAAAUGGGGGGUUGCUUCCUAUCAGUCUUACCCAUCUUGAGAUCGGAGGCUUUCAAAAAUUGAAAUCUUUGGACAAGAAGGGGCUUCAAUACCUCACUACUCUUGAAGAAUUGGCGAUUCACAUCUGCCCUAAGCUCGAGUGCAUGCCAGAAGCCGGGCUGCCCGCCUCCCUUUCUACUUUAAGGAUCGACGAAUGUCAUUUGUUGGAGAAAGAGUGGGAAAGGAAAGAAGGAGCCGAAUGGCCCAAGAUUGCUCACGUCCCCAACAAAUAUACUGAUUACAACAGACGGAUUGGUUGUCUAUGCUAA